UCCCUCUGACGCGGGAAGCAUGCGUCGUUUAUGAGCGAACAACCGCUCUCUCUUUCAUUAUUGCAUCUGCUUGCAAGCCAGUGGUAAACCGCUUAAGAUAACCUUAACUGAUCUGUAGGUUAACGCCCGAGCCAUGAAGAGACUGCGAGAAAGUGCUCCAGACGCCCCUGACAGCAGCAAUAAGAAGAAAUGUGCAACAAGAUGGUCGUCCAAGAAGGAACAAAGGAGUGGCGGCGUUGUAACGGUCGAGGCGUCGUCAUCAUCAGCGUCAUCGGCGGCGUUCAAACUCAGUGAUACCACGCCGUCGCCUGCCCCAACGCCUCCGACUCCUGCUCCGCUGCCUCCUCCUCCACCACUCGCGUCCUCAGCAUUUCCUCCUCCAUCACGUAUAAAUGAACCUUCGGAAUUUCUCACAGAGCUGAGGAAAUGCGCUUUCCCAGCGUUGAGAGACAGUGCACUAAUACCCAAGCUUCUUGAUUGUGUGAUGAGGAAGUUUUUGCUUGUGCCAAACAAACUUUCAUGGGGAGAAGAGUGUGAGGCAGUUUUUACACUACUGUAUGUUUGUCUGCACUACCCAACAACAGUUACUCCACAGUUUGCUGAGGAGGUUGCUUCAGAGUUUGUUGGUCGUUGGGUAGCUGACAGUGGAGCUGGGAGUCUCGGAGACAUAGCUGUCCUCAUCGCUGAAAGAAAUAAGUGUAGCAGCUUUGCUCUACUGUUGCUCCUUAUUGGAAAUCAUGUUCCUGAGAAGGUUGAUAAAUUCCAUUUGGAGGCAUGUAUUUCAUGGAGCAAUGGUUGGUCCCCUGAUAGCAGAGCACCUGAUUGGCUGAUUGAUGCACUUGGGCACAAUGAAAAUAUUUACUCACUGAAGAGUAUGCUCUUUACUUCGUACAUGUUGUUGAAGGGCCAACCUUGGACUUUGGAAGUGCGAGACAAUUACACUGGUGUUCUUGUACAGUACCUUGCUGCUUGUAAACUGUAUAGGGAGUCUGACUAUUAUGAAAGUUUAUCGCUGUUGCAUGAAAUUAAUUUGGAAGAAUGCGGAACCUCGCUGCAAGGCUGGGUGUUAUGGUCAACAGGUCUAUGCUUAUUCAAGUUGGGAAAAUCCAGUACUGCACUAGUUAAACUUCAAGAGGCAAUUGAUAAAAGUAAUUCUUCUGUUCCUGCCAUCUUCAAUGUAUCGCAGGUGUUUCGAAAGAUGGGCAUUUCCAGUGCUGAAGUGGAGACGUUGUCACUUUUAGUAGCGAUUGGACAGGAUUGGCAGCCAUAUCAAAGCAUGAAUCUGCAGUCGGCUAUACUUCGUCUACAUAAUCCACCUCCCGAUAAUUUAUUAUCAAUAGCACAUUUUAUACUUGGUGCCAGGUGUUUCUGUUUGAAGAUGUAUGAAGAGUCCUGUAAUAGUAUUGCUGUGCUUUUGCAAAAUUUACAAGAUACACCAGUUGUUCCAACUACUAACCAUCGGACAUUAUUUUGUGUGGAGGAUGACUUACCAGGCCUGCCAGAUUAUGAUAAUAUUGUUGUCCUGCAGUCACUAGCAAGUUUCCAAAGGGGAAAUUAUGAAGUGAUUGUCACAAAUCUUGAUCAAUUAGGCGAAAAUGGUGAAUAUUCCAACUACUAUAGAGAUUCCAGUAAUAUAAAGAUGGCACACAUAUGUGCAGCUACAUUUCGUUUUGUAAAAUCAGAGGCUUUGCUGAAGUUGGGGAAAACUGAGGAAUCUCUUGUGGAAUGUAUUAGGUAUGUAUAUCAGCAAGCUGUUUGUCUUAAAAUGAAAUAA